GUCUCGUUUCUGUGAUUUUGGAAAAAAGAAGAGGACGUCUCGAGUACUCGUACAAUUCUUACUUCUACCGCGUGUUUGCUUGGUGAUUAUUCUCGGGUUUAUCUAUCGUUGAUUUCGUUAGCACACUGCUUUGAAGAAUCGUCAUGAGUUCCCAGGAUACGACGACCCAGGAUACGACACAGGCUGCGGCAGCUGCUCCCGCCUCCGAGCAAGAGCCGCUUUUAGGCAGACCCGGGGAUGUUGCGCAAGGCGAGGGCGAGGGUUUGCUUCGUAAUCUUGUUGCUGGAACCGCAUCACUCGCACAAAUUGGGGGUUUGGUCCUCGUGGCCCUGGUCUGGGGAGCUGUGUUUACGCAUCGGAUUCUCGUACCCUUUUCAUUACAUCCGUUGCUUAAUUCGCUGGCGAUAUUGUUUGCUCUUGAGGCGAUAUUAGUCUUGCAGCCUACGCAUACACCGGAUCAGAGACAGAAAGGUACCUAUACGCACGCCAGUUUCGUGGGCCUCGCUGCGCUGUGCUUUUAUGGUGCUCUUGCUGCUGUCCUUGUGCACAAGAAACGGGCUGGGCUACCUCACUUUGAAUCACCGCACGCCAUCCUUGGUGUGAUCAUAUACUCGCUUCUCCUUCUUCAGGCAUUCAUCGGAUUUACACAAUACUUUGUCCCGGGCCUCUAUGGUGGCGUUGGUAAUGCGAAAGUUCUUUACAAAUAUCAUCGUAUCUCCGGAUAUCUCCUCUUGACUUUAUUCUUGGUCAACCUUAUACUUGCUAGUUUGAUCGAUUAUGGGAGACUGGUUUUGAAUCUGAAGACUUGGGGUGUGGCCUUAGUUGGCGUGUUGAUUGUCGCUGGCGUCUUCCCGCGUAUCAAGAAACAGAAGAUCCGGAUAUUCUAAAUCGCGGAAGUCAGACACACUCGCGUAGAUUGUGGUACUUCCUUGUCACAUCUUUCAGGGACUAGCCUUGGUUAGCUCGAAAACCACACCGAACCCCCCCGUCUGGAAUACGGCGGGAAAAACAAACAAUUUAAUUUAUCAAAAAUGUGGAACGAACCGUAUUCUCGCGCACACACACUCAUUCCUUAAUUGCCUUAAUCGGCUGGACUCUUGUUUGAUUUCCUGCUUGUUUACUUGCGGAUCUGGGAAACACAGGCUUGCGCACUAGGGGAUACUGGAAUGGCGUAUACUGGAACGGGAGGGGGACAAACAAGCUUUUUAUUUUCGUUUUUUCUCAAUUUUUUCCUUCUCACAUUCUUUCAUUACCAGAUCUUGCCUAUACUGUAACGCGUCUUUUUCGAAUUUGAUUCAAGUUUUUGCCUAA